GUGUGUGCAGCUGGGGACACAGACGAUCCCCCGAGAAUCCCAGCCAACCCGGUGAUUAACGGGAACGUUGCCAUGGCAGACGGACACAACACAGAGGAGGACAUGGAGGAUGAUACCAGCUGGCGUUCGGAGGCGACAUGUCGUUUUGUGGUGGAGAGGUUCAGCCGGCUGAGUGAGUCUGUUCUCAGCCCGUCCUGCUUCGUCAGGAACCUGCCCUGGAAGAUCAUGGUGAUGCCUCGCUUCUACCCAGACCGGCCGCACCAGAAGAGUGUUGGCUUCUUCCUGCAGUGCAACGCAGACUCCGACUCCACGUCCUGGUCGUGCCAUGCUCAGGCCAUGCUGAAGAUCAUCAACUAUAAGGACGAUGAGAAGUCGUUCAGCCGCAGAAUCAGCCACCUCUUCUUCCACAAGGAGAACGACUGGGGCUUCUCUAACUUCAUGUCCUGGAGCGAUGUGACUGAUCCAGAGAGAGGCUUUGUGGAGGAUGAUCAAGUCUCCUUUGAAGUCUACGUGCAGGCAGACGCUCCUCACGGAGUGGCGUGGGACUCCAAGAAACACACCGGCUACGUGGGUCUGAAGAACCAGGGAGCGACAUGUUAUAUGAACAGCCUCCUACAGACCCUGUUCUUCACCAACCAGCUGCGGAGGGCGGUGUAUAUGAUGCCUACAGAGGGAGACGACUCCUCUAAGAGUGUUCCGCUGGCUCUACAGAGGGUUUUCUAUGAGCUGCAACACAGCGACAAGCCCGUCGGCACCAAGAAACUCACCAAGUCCUUUGGGUGGGAGACAUUAGACAGCUUCAUGCAACACGACGUUCAGGAGCUCUGCAGAGUGCUCCUGGACAACGUUGAGAACAAAAUGAAAGGCACCUGCGUGGAGGGAACCAUCCCCAAACUGUUCAGAGGAAAGAUGGUGUCCUAUAUCCAGUGUAAGCACGUUGACUACCGGUCAGAGCGGAUAGAGGAUUACUACGACAUCCAGCUCAGUAUCAAAGGAAAGAAAAACAUCUUUGAGUCCUUUAAGGACUAUGUCGCCGUGGAGCAGCUUGACGGAGACAACAAAUACGACGCAGGAGAACACGGUCUACAGGAAGCAGAGAAGGGUGUGAAGUUCCUGACUUUCCCUCCCAUACUGCACCUGCAGCUGAUGAGGUUCAUGUACGACCCUCAGACCGACCAAAACAUCAAGAUCAACGACAGGUUUGAGUUUCCGGAGCAGCUUCCCCUGGAUGAGUUUCUCCAGAAGACUGACUCUAAGGACCCGGCCAACUACAUCCUGCAUGCCGUGCUGGUCCACAGUGGAGACAACCACGGAGGACACUAUGUUGUCUACCUCAACCCCAAAGGAGACGGAAAAGUCAGCGUCAAGGAGCCCAUCUGGUGUAAGUUUGAUGAUGACGUGGUGUCACGGUGCACCAAGGAGGAAGCCAUUGAACACAACUACGGUGGCCAUGACGACGACCUGUCAGUACGUCACUGCACCAACGCUUACAUGCUGGUGUACAUCCGCGAGUCCAAACUCAGUGAGGUGCUGCUGGCUGUAAACGAUGUGGACAUCCCCCAGCAGCUGGUGGAGAGGCUUCAGGAGGAGAAGAGGGUUGAGGCUCAGAAGAGGAAGGAGCGACAGGAGGCCCAUCUCUACAUGCAGGUCCAGAUUGUGACAGAGGACCAGUUCUGUGGUCACCAGGGUAAUGACAUGUAUGAUGAGGAGAAGGUGAAGUACACUGUGUUCAAGGUCCUGAAGAGCUCCACGCUGCAGGAGUUUGUCCAGAAUCUCUCCCAGACCAUGGGAUUCCCACAGGACCAGAUGAGGCUGUGGCCCAUGCAGGCCCGGAGCAACGGCACCAAGAGACCUGCCAUGCUGGACUACGAGGCAGACUGCAGCAAGUCUAUGAUAGACUUGAGCGACAACGAGAAUCCCUGGACUAUAUUUUUGGAGACGGUGGAUCCUGAGAUGGCUGCCAGCGGAGCAACGUUACCCAAGUUCGACAAAGACCACGACGUCAUGCUGUUCUUGAAGAUGUAUGAUCCAAAAAGCAGAAGCUUAAAUUAUUGUGGACAUAUCUACACAGCUAUAUCCUGUAAAAUACGAGACCUGCUGCCCGUCAUGUGUGAGAGAGCAGGCUUUCAACAGGAGACCAGCCUUAUCCUCUAUGAGGAAGUGAAGCCUAAUUUAACAGAGCGGAUACAGGACUACGACGUGUCAUUGGACAAGGCCCUGGAUGAGCUCAUGGACGGAGACAUCAUCGUCUUCCAGAAAGACGACCCAGAGAACGACAGCAGUGAGCUGCCCACAGCCAAGGACUACUUCCGGGACCUCUACCACCGAGUGGACGUUAUCUUCUGUGACAAGACCAUCCACAACGACCCCGGCUUUGUCGUCACCCUCUCCAACAGGAUGAACUACUUCCAGGUGGCGAAGACGGUGGCUCAGAGGUUGAACACAGAUCCCAUGCUCCUCCAGUUCUUCAAGUCCCAGGGGUACAGAGACGGACCUGGGAAUCCUCUCAGACACAACUAUGAAGGAACUCUCCGAGAUUUGCUGCAGUUCUUCAAACCACGUCAACCCAAGAAACUCUACUACCAACAGUUGAAGAUGAAGAUCACAGACUUUGAGAACAGGAGGAGCUUUAAGUCCAUAUGGCUCAACAGCCAAUACAGAGAAGAGGAGAUCACUCUCUACCCAGAUAAACACGGCUGUGUCAGGGACCUGCUGGAGGAAUGUAAAAAAGCUGUGGAGCUCUCCGACAAAGGCUCAGAGAAGCUCCGACUGUUGGAGAUAGUAAGCUAUAAGAUCAUCGGGGUUCACCAGGAGGACGAGCUGUUAGAAUGUUUAUCUCCCGCCGCCAGCCGUACCUUCAGAAUAGAGGAACUUCCUCUGGACCAGGUAGACCUGGAUAAGGACACUGAGAUGUUGAUUCCCGUCGCACAUUUCCACAAGGAGGUCUUUGGAACGUUUGGAAUCCCUUUCCUGUUGAAGAUCAGACAGGGUGAGCCGUUCAGAGAUGUGAUGAGGAGGAUUCAGAGCAUGCUGGAAAUCCAGGAGAAAGAGUUUGAGAAGUUCAAGUUUGCGAUAGUGAUGAUGGGUCGGCAUCAGCACAUCACUGAGGAUGAGUACGAGGUCAACCUGAAAGACUUCCAGCCACAACCAGGUAACAUGUCCCACCCUCGACCCUGGUUAGGCCUGGACCACUUCAACAAAGCCCCGAAGAGAGGUCGCUAUACCUACCUGGAGAAAGCUAUCAAGAUCCACAACUGAGCAACCCUCCUCUUCCUCAUCCCUCUUCCUCCUCUCUUCUUCCUCCUCUCUCUUCUUCCUCCUCUCUCUUCUUCCUCUCUUCUUCCUCCUCUCUUCUUCCUCCUCCCCCUCCCUCCUCUCUCUUCCUCCUCCUUAACCCACCAUAACCACAGACUGUAACCAACCAAUUGUCUGUGCCCCACCUCUAACACCUUCCACAGACACACACCGUGAUGUCUCCUGUCACACGGAUCCAUCCAUCCAUCCAUCCAUUAGCAGGCUGCUGAUGAUGAUGAUGAUGAUGAAUACUAUACCACCCCUUCCACCCAAAAUCCCCUCUCCCCCUUCCUCCCCCCACCACCGCCCUUCUACUGUUUUUGAGGCUGUUAGGUUUUUGGCUUCUCUAACUCCGACUGCCUAUUUUUGUCUGGAUGAAAGAAAUGAAAUUGGAGAAAAGGACAGGAAGAUGAACUUGACUUUUUCCUGGUUUAUUUUUUGUUUUUGUUUUUAAUAAUAAGAGUUGUUUCAAAACGUAAAGAGCGUUGCUGCGUAUAGUGGGGGGGGGGGCAGAGAAAAGAGAUAGACGACAUCGUUAGCAGAAACCAAGAAGGAUGAUUUGGUCUUUUUAAAGAAGAGAACCAGUUGCAGAAGUGUUGAAGCUUGAGACCAGUAUUCCUGAUGUGAUCCUCUAUAUCCCCCCUUCUCCUUUAGUCAACUAGUCAAAGUGUUUCCAUCUUUAAAAAAAAAACAAAAAAAAAAACAGUUUUUGUCUUUUUUUCUGCAAUAUCUUCUUGUAUAAUAAAUUUAAAAUCCACAGCAUCUGUUUAAAAUAAAUGUAAAAAGAGAAGAA